AUGGACAUUGAAGUCAGAGCUUCUAAAUCAUCAAAUACUCUCGUUGAGGCUGUCAUCAAGUCUUUCAGUGACACAGAUGGCUUACUUAUUCAAUACAAAUCAUGUGAAAAUCCUCCACAAAAAAUGCCAAUAACCUCUUGUUUUGUUUCAAGAAAAGAUCGCUUAACCAAAAUUGAUCUAACAAAUCCAGAUUCAGCUAUAAAAGUUGGAUCAAUUGUUGAAGCUCGUAGUGCCACCUUAUCUGACAUGGGAGGUCUUGUUGGUUGGGCUGAAGGAAAAAUAAAAAAAGUUGAGAAUAAUUUUGUGGUAUUAGAAAGUGUGGAGAAAAGUUCUCUCGUCGAUAUUGUUACUAUUGGUGAUUGUAGAGAAGUGAGGGAACCCAUCCAACUGACUUCUAGCAUGCUUAAAACUGAAGAAAUUAAUGUACCUUCUGAUAUGGUUGAGUAUUUCAAUAGACCUGAUUCUUAUAAUGAUUUAAUUAAAAUUAUUGGAGAUAUUGCCAUUGAAUACAAGUAUAAUGAUAGCAUACUUGGUGAACCUACUGGAAAAUUUAUUAUCUCAACAUAUAAUGCCAAUUCAUUAAAAAGAGUUAAGAUUUUAUCUGAUAUUUAUUUUAAUGAUACUCGUCAAAAAAUGCAAUUGGUUAUGAAAAAAGAUGAAGUUACUAGAUUACUUUCACAAGCUGCUGCAACACCAAAGCAUGUUGAAGAGUUUACAUUAUCAACAACCUUUAUGGGACUUGCUAUUGGAACACAUGGUACAAAUAUACUUGCUGCUAGGGAUAUUGAAGGUAUUGAAGAUAUCCAAAUUGAUGAGGUAACUCGUGAAUGUGAUGGAUUAGUUGUAUUUAAAAUUUUUGCUGAAAGUAAGGAAGCAGCUGAAAAAGCUAGAGCAAUUCUUGAAUAUAAAACUGGUGAAGUAAAAGUUCCUAGAAAUAUGGUGGGAAAAAUGAUUGGUAAACAAGGAAAAACUAUUCAGGAUAUUGUUGAUAAAAGUGGAACUAUUCGUGUACAGAUUGGAGAGGAAAAACCAUUAGAAAAAGGACCUGAUGGUGCUAUUAUAUCUAAUGAUGACAAACCAGAUUUUGUUGAUUUUGUUUUUACUGGAACUUCUGAAACGAUUGCAAAUGCUGAGUUUUUAAUUGAUUUUCAUUUAAAGCAUUUACAGGAGAUGGAUGAAAUGAGAGAGGAAGUCGAUGAUUUAAGUAAACAACUUUAUAGUAAGCCAAAUGGAGAUAUUCCUAGCCGAGAAUAUAAUGCCGGUAUGAGAUCUGGAAGAUUUAAUAAUGAAAAUAGUUUUAAUAGAUCCAGCCGUAAUUCAUCAAGGCAUGGGAAACCAUAUGUCAAUGGAAAUCAAAAGAAUGGCACUAAAGAAAAUGGACAUGAAACGAGAGCUAAUGGAAAUGGUGUUUCAAACACAAACGGAUUUAAAGGUUCAAAAAAAGGUAGUCUUACAACAUUUGAUUCAGCAUUUGAAUCUGCUGUUGUCAUUAAAGGAAAUGGAAAGAAGAAUAAAAAGAAUGCUAAGAAAGAAACCACUUCUAAUUAA